AUGGCUGGCUCUUUUGCCAUUUUUGAAUAUUUGGGGAUUGAAAAAACUUUUAAUGUUUUUCCGUUUAUUAUUCGUUCUAGUUAUCUUCAAUUUUUUGGAAUUAACCUUUUAAAACGAAUUCGUAAAGGUUUGGUUAUUCCAGCAAUAAAUAUUCCAAGACCUGGAGAUUGGAUAUUUACACAAGAAGGUGUAUGUCAUUUCAAACCUGAAAGAUUCUGGGAAAAUUUGGAAGAACAAGAAUAUCAAAUAACUUCACAUAAAGAGUUUUAUCAAACUGCUGUUAGCGAAACAUUGGCCGGUAUUAUGAAUAUAAGCAAUGAAAAUCGGCAUAAAUAUUUUAUUAAAUUAUUUAAAAAAAUUAGCUAUCAUUUUGUUAAUCAACAUUUAUAUGCUAAUUUCAAAGAUUUUCCAGAGCAUCCAAAAAUUGUUUAUAUUGGAGGUAUUCAUGUUGAGGAAAAUGAAGAAAAAUUGGACUUGACAACAAAUAAAUAUGAUGUAGUAAUAAAUUAA